AAUAAGAAAAGCUUGGUGGCGUUUAAGAUCAUGCCUCUAGAAAAUAUGAAUGAGUUCACCACACACAUUCUAGAGAUUGUCAACGCACACAUGAUGCUCAGAAAAAGUCUUACGUCAGCAUCAAGAGUGCCUCAGUCGUUUCCCUCUGCUGGGCGCAGUGACAUGGGGGGCUAUGGAGGAGGUGGCAGUCUGUCAGUGAAUGGACUCACGGCGCAUCAGAGUCAGGUGCUGAACCUGAUUAAAAACUGCCAUGCCGCAGAAGGUAUGAGUCUUCAAGAGUUGAAACUUCAGCUCCAAAAUAUGAGCAUGUCAGCAAUCAAGCAAGCCGUUGAAUUCCUUAGCAGCGAGGGACACAUCUACUCCACUGUGGAUGAUGAUCACUAUAAGUCAACGGAUGCCGAGUAA